AUGUCAGUCUCUGGAAAGAAAGAGUUUGAUGUGAAGCAGAUCCUGAGGCUCCGCUGGAGGUGGUUCAGCCACCCCUCGCAGGGCUCCGCCGGCUCCGGGGGCUGCCACCAGCAGGAAGGCUACGAGCACAGGGGCACUCCGGUGCAGAACAGGUUGAAGAGCCACUCUCGGGACAGAAAUGGGCUGAAGAAGAACAGCAGCCCCGUGCACCACAACAUCCUGGCCCCCGUGCCAGGGCCGACGCCGGUGCACCACCGCUCCAUCCACAGCUGGCACCAGCAGAGCCUCAUCGAGCAGCUGCGCCCCAGCCAGGAGAGCCCCAAAGCCAGCACCGAGCAAAACUCCGGCAAAGAAGACUCAAGUAAAGCCACACAGGAGCUGCAGAUGAUCACAGAACAAAAUGCAGAUGAAUCUGCAGAGAGGCUGUAUUUAUCAUGUCACAGCUCUCUUGGGAUGAGCACCAAUGGCUCUGACGAGUAUUUCCAGUCCACGAACCACGCGGAGCAAACCUUCCGCAAGAUGGAGAAUUACCUGCAGCAGAAGCAGCUCUGCGACGUGCUCCUGAUCGCUGGCGACCAAAAGAUCCCAGCCCACAGGCUGGUUCUCAGUGCAGUCUCUGAUUACUUUGCUGCCAUGUUCACCAACGAUGUGCGGGAAGCAAAGCAGGAGGAGAUCAAGAUGGAGGGAGUGGAUCCUGAGGCGCUGAAGGCUCUGGUGCGCUAUGCCUACACAGGUAUCCUCGAGUUGAAGGAAGACACAAUAGAGAGCUUGCUGGCUGCUGCAUGCCUUCUGCAGCUCUCCCAGGUCAUUGAGGUGUGCUGCAACUUCCUCAUGAAGCAGCUGCAUCCUUCCAACUGCCUGGGGAUCCGCUCCUUCGGGGACGCCCAGGGCUGCACCGAGCUCCUGAAGGUGGCCCACACCUACACCAUGGAACACUUCAUAGAAGUAAUAAAAAACCAGGAAUUUCUUUUGCUCCCAGCUAAUGAAAUUGCCAAGCUCUUGUCUAGUGACGACAUCAACGUGCCAGAUGAAGAGGCAAUUUUCCAGGCCCUGAUGAUGUGGGUGAGGCACGACCUGCAAACCCGACAGCAGGACCUGGGGAUGCUCCUCUCCUACAUCAGACUGCCCCUGCUGCCCCCCCAGCUACUGGCUGAUCUAGAAAACAGCCCAAUGUUUGCAGAUGACCUUGAGUGUCAGAAGCUUCUCAUGGAGGCCAUGAAGUACCACCUGCUGCCAGAGAGACGCUCCAUGAUGCAGAGCCCUCGAACCAAGCCCAGAAAAUCCACAGUGGGUGCCCUUUAUGCUGUGGGAGGCAUGGAUGCCACUAAAGGCACCACCACAAUUGAGAAAUACGACCUGAGGACCAACAGCUGGAUCCAGAUUGGGACCAUGAACGGGCGGCGGCUGCAGUUUGGGGUGGCAGUGAUUGACAACAAGCUCUACAUCGUGGGGGGCAGGGAUGGGCUCAAGACCUCCAACAUCGUCGAGUGCUUCAACCCCGUCACCAAGGCCUGGACCGUGAUGCCUCCGAUGUCCACGCACAGGCACGGCCUGGGAGUAGCAAUGCUUGAAGGACCAAUGUAUGCAGUUGGGGGCCACGAUGGCUGGAGUUACCUGAACACGGUGGAGCGCUGGGACCCGCAGGCACGGCAGUGGAAUUACGUGGCCAGCAUGUCCACCCCGAGGAGCACCGUUGGGGUCGCAGCCCUCAACAGCAAGCUGUACGCAGUCGGUGGGCGAGACGGGAGCUCCUGCCUGAAAUCCAUGGAGUGUUUUGAUCCCCACACGAACAAGUGGAGUUUGUGUGCCUCCAUGUCCAAGAGGAGAGGUGGUGUUGGUGUGGCCACCUACAACGGGUUUUUGUAUGCCGUGGGAGGCCAUGAUGCUCCUGCUUCCAACCACUGCUCCCGCCUGUCCGACUGCGUAGAGAGGUACGACCCCAAAACAGACGCUUGGACCACCGUGGCCCCUCUGAGCGUGCCCCGGGACGCGGUGGGCAUCUGUCCCCUGGGGGACAGGCUCUACGCCGUGGGGGGCUACGACGGCCACUCCUACCUGGACACCGUGGAGUCCUACGAUGCUCAGAACAACGAGUGGACAGAGGAAGUUCCUGUCAACAUUGGCAGGGCUGGAGCAUGUGUUGUUGUUGUGAAGUUGCCCUGAGGACUGUAAAUUUUCGUGAAACUGAACUGAGUGGAGUCUCAGAAGUCAAGAAACAUUUCCAGGACAGUACAGACUGCAACUGCACACACCUCAGCAGCCCUCCCUUACAGACAAUAUUUAUCCCUGAGCCAUCACACCAUUACAGCACAGAAGUGUCUUCUUGCAUCACAAAAAUCAGAAAACUUUGCAGAA